UAAGUUGGAAGGAGAGCGGCGGCGAGCGCGAGCCUCCACAGCCGAGGAUGACGUUGCCGUAAAGCUGCCUUCAAAAAUUGAGGGGAAAAAUAGAAAUGCGGAAUUAAUUUUAUUUGCCUUUUUUUCCUCGAGUCAUUCGCGUAUUUUUAUUGUUGUGAGUGAGGAGAAUCUCUUUUGGCAGCUGAUGUUGGUUUAGAGGGCGGUUUUUUUGGAGAGAGAGAGAGAGAGAGAGAGAGAGAGAGAGAGCGCGAGGGGCGGGUGUCUCUCGCGCAGCCUCACAGACGCUCGUGAAAUUACCACACGGACGGUUUACUUCCACAUUUAUCGUUUAUUUUCGGGAUUUUUUGGAUAAACAACACCGUAAUCGAUGCGCGGCCUUCUAACGGACAUUCGCCGCUGAUAUUACGCCCGCGUUUUUUCUGUUUUUGUGUUUUUUCCCCUCAGUGGAGCGUUCGUUGGGAUUCGUUAUGAAUUCCAGUCCGCUUCCUAACGGCAGACUCCUGCCGGACAGCCAGAGCUGGAACUCCUCCGGUUCCGACGAGGAUCUGGACGCCGAACCGGGACCCGGGCCGCACGGAGGGGUGGCGGAAUUCGGCGGGGUGCUCAGUAAGUGGACUAACUACAUUCACGGAUGGCAGGACCGCUGGGUCGUUCUGAAGAACAACACCUUGAGUUACUACAAAUCCCAGGACGAGCGCGAGUACGGCUGUCGCGGCUCCCUGUGCCUCAGCAAGGCUGUCAUCACACCUCAUGAGUUUGACGAGUGCCGGUUGGACAUCAGUGUCAAUGAUAGCGUGUGGUAUCUACGCGCUCAGGACCCAGAACAUCGCAACCAAUGGAUCGAUUCCAUCGAGCAACACAGGGCUGAGUCUGGUUAUGGCUCUGAAUCCAGUUUGAGGAGACACGGCUCCAUGCUGUCCCUCACAUCAGCCACCAGCGGAUACUCAGCCACCUCCACCUCCUCCUUUAAGAAGGGUCACAGUCUGCGAGAGAAGCUGGCAGAGAUGGAGACGUUUCGAGACAUCCUGUGUAGGCAGGUGGACACGCUGCAGAAAUACUUUGAUGGCUGCGCUGAUGCCGUGACCAAAGACGAGCUCCAGAGAGACAAGAUCGUGGAGGAUGAUGAAGAUGGUUUCCCUACCACUCGCUCCAAUGGAGAAUUCCUGCAUAACAACAACGGCAGCAAGGAGAAAUUAUUCCAGUGUUUGAGUCAUAAAGGCAUUAAUGGGAUAGAUUUUAAAGGAGAGGCCAUCACAUUCAAGGCAACCACGGCGGGAAUCUUGGCUACACUUUCUCACUGCAACGACCUGAUGGUGAAGAGAGAGGACAGCUGGCAGAAGAGACUGGAUAAGGAGAUGGAGAAGAGGAGGAGGAUGGAGGAGGCGUAUAAAUCAGCCCUGUCCGAGCUGAAGAAGAAGUCUCAUUUUGGAGGGCCCGAUUAUGAGGAGGGUCCAAACAGCCUGAUCAAUGAAGACGAGUUCUUUGACGCCGUGGAGGCCGCUCUGGACAGACACGACAAAAUAGAAGAACAGUCUCUGUGUGAGAAGAGCAGGAUACAGAGAAGCAGUUCAGUGCCUUCAGGAGACGUCUACUCCAGCGUGGGCUCUCACCGAUUCGCAGAGAAGUCCCCCUCUCGUCCUUGCUCUCCCUCAUCUUCUGCUGUAGCCUUCACUCCUUCGCUCCAUGAGCACCGGUUCAGUGCUGAGGUGGAGGAGAUGGUUCAGAAUCACAUGACCUACUCCCUGCAGGACGUCGGUGGAGACGCUAACUGGCAGCUGGUGGUGGAAGAGGGAGAGAUGAAGGUGUACCGGCGGGAGGUGGAGGAGAACGGGAUCGUGCUGGACCCUCUGAAGGCCACACACUGUGUCAAAGGGGUCACAGGUCACGAGGUCUGCCACUACUUCUGGGACACGGAUGUCCGUAACGAUUGGGAGACUACUGUUGAAAACUUCAACAUCGUGGAAACGCUGUCCGAUAAUGCCAUCAUCAUCUACCAGACUCAUAAGAGAGUGUGGCCAGCGUCCCAGAGAGACGUCUUGUACCUGUCUGCCAUUCGUAAGAUUAUGGCCAAUAACGAGAACGAUCCAGACACAUGGCUCGUCUGUAACUUCUCAGUCGAGCACGAAAAUGCCCAGGUGAGUCUGGUCUCCAUGGCAACCGCUGAGUCAAUCUGCUCAAUCCUGAAAAAAAGUAUCACAGCUUCCAAAAAAAUAUUUGGCAGCACAACUGUUAUCCUGUGCAAAAUCACAUACGUGGCCAACGUGAAUCCCGGCGGCUGGGCUCCUGCAUCUGUCCUGAGGGCCGUCGCGAAAAGAGAAUAUCCCAAAUUCCUCAAGCGCUUCACUUCCUACGUCCAGGAGAAAACAGCGGGAAAGCCCAUCCUCUUCUGAGCACCAGUUCCCCAGUUCUGCUGUCGGUGUGCAUGAGCGCCUCUGGUUCCCGCACACUCCUCUAGUGACACCGAAGACUCAUCGCGUCUCUUCUCCAGACUGUUCUGAAUCCCGCUGCCACGGGAAGCCCAGAGGUAGACGCUUGAUGCCGUUCUGUAGCGCCACACUAGCUCACACAGGCAGAGGACUAGAGAUGCCCAACGUCAAAGUCUGUCCCAUGUUUUCUGGCUGAGAUCUACAUUGAUAUGAAUAUAUAUGUAUGUAUGUAAGUAAGUGAGAUGGGAAGUAUAUAUAUAUAUAUAUAUAUAAUGGAGAGUUUUGAAGCUGAACACUCUAGACCGGCUCUGUUUUAGUCCUGUUAUUUUCCUGUUUGAACACAUUUCAGCUUUGCUUUCAUCGUCCUCGUAUAAUCGCUGUUUGGGGGAAAUCAAAGGCAUGUUUGUGAGUGAACUCUAUGAACCUGCCUUUCGUCUCGAUGUUGGCCGUCUCUUUUAUGAAGCGCAGCAUCUGCCGCUGACGAGGAGAUGCUUAAUUUCUUUGGCGAUUUAAUUAUAUCCAUCUCUCAGCAGCUGAUAUACUGUAGCACAAUUCCAGAUCGAUCGUAACCGGCAGAAAUUUUUAAUAUGUCAGAUGAACGUUGCGUACAUAUUAUUUGUAUAUAAUUUCAUUAUUGCUUCAGAUCGUCAGUCGACGCUUUUACCUAAUCCAACUCCAUAUGCCUUAGUGUGUGAGUGUGUGUGUGUGUGACUGAGAGGUGUGUACCGACUCAAACAUUUCUAGAAAAGUGCCUCAUUAUUGAUCUUGCUGGUUGUACUGCCCAAACUACAGCCACAAACCAACCUGGCGUCCCUUAGUGUUUAUACAAAGAUCAUUUCACAUUGAUUUCUUACCUCAUGUUAGAAUGUGUUGUCUUCUUAUUGGAGAAGCCCUGACACCAAUCAAAUUCUCUGUCCAAUAGGGAGAUGCGGUUUCAAUUUGGGGCGUAGCUCGUAUGUAGUUGUAGAUCAGGUAGAAUUAGUUGCUUUUAUUUAUUUUUUCUUGAUUGAAUUUAUUCUUCCAAAG